AUGCGAACUGCAUCAGAGACGUUUGUUGAAAAUGCGCCUGAAGAAGGGCAGCAGAAACAAGAAGAGUUAGCAAAUCUUGAGCGCGAUUCAACUUAUAUCUCGUCUGGUGCUGCUGCUACUGUUGAUGAUGAUGAUGGUGAGGGAUUCAAGGAGAAUGUUCCGGAACCGGAGCGCCACAGUAUUAUUGAUGGCAAA